GUCAGAAUCGGCGCAGGAGCCUACGGCAGCGUGGAGGAGGUGGCCGUGCCUGGAGCCGUCUGCGCCGCCAAAAGGAUCCACGAAGUCUUCCUGGACCGCUCCGUGAUCCCCGCGGCCGAGAUCCUCAAGUCGGCCGCCCAGUUCGCGAAGGAAUGCCAGCUGAUGAGCACCCUCCGCCACCCGAACAUCGUCCAGUUUCUUGGCUUGUAUUUCCUGCCCGGCUCGCGACUGCCGGCCCUCGUCAUGGAGCGACUGCUGACGAGUCUUCACGACUUGCUGGACCCAGAAACCGACACCCCUCCCCCGCCCGACGCGCCCAAGCCCUUCUUCCCGCUGAGCCUAAAGUGCUCGAUCCUGCACAACGUGGCGAACGGACUGACCUACCUCCACGAGCGAUCGCCGCCCAUCAUCCACCGCGACUUGUCGGCCAGAAACGUUCUCCUGAACUCGGGGAUGGUGGCCAAGAUAGCGGACCUGGGCGUGGCUCGUAUCGUGCCUCGUAUGCGAGUUGCAGCCACCAUGACAAAGGGACCUGGGGCCAUAAUUUACAUGCCUCCAGAGGCCAUGGAAAGCAAACCUGGGGAGGAAAAUAAAGACAAAAAGUCAAAGUACGAUGCAAGCAUCGACAUCUUCUCUUUUGGUGUCGUGGCCAUUUUCACACUCUGCCAAACCUUCCCCUGCGACUUGCUAGCUCCCAACUAUCGUGAAAGUCGACAGCAUAAAUGCUAGAACUGAGCUAGAGCGACGAGAGGAGUACAUGAGGAUGAUCUACAGGCAGCUACGCGAGAAGCAUCCUCUCCUCCAGAUGAUCGAGGGGUGUCUGGAGUUCCCUGAAGACCGGCCGAGCAUUCGUGAGGUGCUGCGUCUGUUGGAGGAGGCCAGAGCUGAAGUGAGAGACGAGCAGACAGACAUGAACAAACUGGAGCUGUUGCGAGCUCUUCAGACCCAGCCCAGGAACCAGGAGAAUGUUGAGCUAGAGGGACAGCG